CCGCCUUUUCCCCGCCGCCGCCGCCGCCCGCCCGCCCGGCGCAGCCCUGCGGAGCUCGGGGCGGCGGCGCCGGGCCGCCGGCCAUGGCCGUGCCAGCCGCGCUGCUCAGCCCCCACCACCUCCUCUCCUUCUGCUUCCCCGCCGCCGCCGGCGGCCUCCUGGGCUAUGGCGACCUGGAGAAGGGCUACGAGGGCGGCGGCGCGGGCGAGGCGGGGGACUUUAAAGAAGCCACCAGGGACCUGCUGAGCUUCAUCGACUCGGCCUCCAGCAACAUCAAGCUGGCGCUGGACAAGCCGGUGAAGUCCAAGCGGAAGGUGAACCAUCGCAAGUACCUGCAGAAGCAGAUCAAGCGCUGCACCGGCAUCAUCGCCGCUCCCCCCCCGCCGCCGCCCGCCCCGCCGCCGCCGCCGCCCGCCUCCUCCUCCUCCUCCUCCUUCUCCUCCUCCUCCUCCUCCCCGCCCGCCGCCUGCCCCGCCAAGCCCCCGCCGCGCCGGGAGGCCUCGCAGGCGGCCAGCAGCCUCCAGAGCAAGAGCCUGGCGGCCCUCUUCGGCUCCCUGCAGCAGGGCCGGGGGCCGGCGGGCGGCGGCGGAGGAGGAGAGGCGGCGGGCGGAGGGGCGGCGAGCGGCGGCGGCGGCGGCGGCGGGGGGGGGGGGGCGGCGGCGGGCGGCCCGCGGAAGGUGCCGCUGCGGGACCGCAACCUGCCGCCCUCCUUCUUCACGGAGCCGGCGCUGCCCCCCGCCGCCGCCCGCGGGCCGCCGCCGGGGGCCAAGGAGCUGGAGAAGGGCGGAGGAGGAGGAGGAGGAGGCGGCGGGGCGGAGGCGACCGAGUUCUUCGAGCUGCUGGGCCCCGAGUACGGCGCGUUGCUGCCCGAGCACGCCGCCCCGCCGGACGCCUUCCCCGGCGGCGGGGCCGCCGCCCGCCUGCCCGCCGAGCUGGGCCUGGAGCACGGCCUCUACGAAGCGCCGCUGCCUCUGCCCGCCGCCCACCACCACCACCCGCUGCUGGGCGGGCUGCUCUACCCCGAGCCGCCCUGGAGCCCGGCCGGGCCCUGCAGCCCCCCGAAGAAGGCGCCGGCCGAGGCGCUGCGCCCGCUCUACCCCGGCGGCGGGGAGCCGGCCCCAGGCGGCGGCGGCGGGGGCGAGGAGCCCGGCGGGCACCUCUCGCCGGGGUUCGCCCCCUUCUUCCCCGAGUGCCCGCUGCCCCCGCCGCAGGUGCCCUACGACUACAGCGCCGGCUACCACCGCCCGGCCUACCCCGGCCUGUAGGGCCGCGCCGGAGGGCUCGGCGAACCGCCCCGGCCCCGCAGCGCUCCCCCCGGGACGGUGAAAUGGCGGCGGGGGGCGGCCGGGAGAGGACACCCGCGGGGACCCGGCGGGCGCUCCGGGGGGGGG